AACGUUCGCGGAGCGUAGUCGAAGUUGUCGAGCGGUUUCGAAUGUUUAUAUUGUGACGGGGACGGACGGAUUCGACAGUGGGCUAAUCGCGACGCGAGCAGUUCCUUCGGGAUAACUUGUGAUCUAUUUUGGCCGUUGAAAGGCGUGCGGGAACACGUUCGAGGCGGGUUUCUCGAACCGCGGUGCUUUAGUACGGCUAGUCUCUCCGCUUCGUGCAGAACUUCGCCGAUCCCGGAAUAGUUUUCAACGGUUGCUCGGUUGAAGUUUUUCGCGUGGUCGUCGUACAGGCCAAUCCGCAGUCGUGUUCACCGUCCCUCGACGUACAUAACCAAAAAACCGUCGCGUGUGAACCGGACGUCCGUGUUGAUCGAUUUCCAUCGAACGAUUCGCGCGAUCGUUCAUCCUGGAAGCUGAUACGGAGAACACGAGGAUGGAUGCCACGGACGUCCUCGCUCCUGACGCUACGUCAGGAAACGACGACGGGGCUGUCUUUAGCCACAACAACAACAACAACAACGAGGACGAGGAUGCAGCCACCGUGGAGGAGACGUACGAAGUCACCACCACGAAGCGUAAGACCAUCCGGACCAGCUACAAAAUCCAAGAAACUUCUGCAUCAACCAAAACAACCACCAUGACUACCGCAGCUAAGUUGUAUGGCAAGGAUUUGAGUGAAUACGAUGAUGUUGAUGUGGAUGAAUUAUUGGCACAACUUACUCCAGAGGAGAUUAAUAUGUUAGCCAAGGAAGUGGAUCCUGAUGAUAGCUUUAUGCCACCAUCACAACGUUGUAGUUACGAAUGUGACAAGAGUCCAACAGGACCACUAAACCGUAAGAAACUAAUUGAACACAUCAAUAAACAGGCUUUAGAAACACCAGACAUACCAGAAUUGAAGCCUUAUGUACCUGGUGUUAUUAGAGGCAAGAAGUGGGUUCCACCUCCUCAAGAAACAGUCAAAGAAAAAGAAGCAGAAGAACAAAUUGCUAUUGAUCUUGGAGAAGAAUAUGAGCAAGCUCUGUCAAAUGCUACUCAAGAAGAAAUCAUUGAUCUUGCUGCUAUUCUUGGGUUCCAUUCUAUGAUGAAUCAAGACCAGUAUCAUGCCUCUCUAUUAAAUUCUGGCCAGCCAGUUGGUCUGGGUUGGGAUGGAAUUACAAAAGCUAGUCAACCAAAACCUUACCCAAUGGAACCACCUAAUGAUACCGAUAUCGAUGCCACUAUCAAACAAGUUCGAGAAGAUGAUGCCUCGUUGACUGAAUUAAAUUGGAAUAACAUUAAAAAUAUAUCCGACGAAAAAUUCGUUCAGUUAUUCGAAGGACUAGAGAUGAAUACACAUCUCGAAUCUUUAAGUUUAACGAACGUGGGACUCACCGAUAAGACUGCACAAAGGUUGGCAGAAGCCUUAGAGAAGAAUUCUACUCUCAGAGUACUCAAUGUGGAAACAAACUUUAUAAGCCCAUCUGUGAUAGUGAGGCUCAUCAGGGCGUUACUUAAAACGAAAUCAAUAGAAGAAUUUCGAUGUUCGAAUCAGAGGUCACAGGUGUUGGGAAAUAAAAUUGAAAUGGAAAUUACGCAAUUGGUAGAAGAAAACCCAACGUUGCUACGACUUGGUCUUCAUUUGGAGUUUAACGAUGCUAGACAUCGUGUGGCUGCACAUCUGCAACGCAACAUUGAUAGGAUACGGCAGUCCCGGCUCGGGGUGGCGACAUCUUAACGCGAAGUGGCGUUCGCCUAGGUCGUCUACAACGCAUGGGAAGAGCACCUCGCAACUAUACCAUCGGCUGGGCCAUGAAACGAUGAUCGCCUCUGUCCACGACCUCGAAAAUGAUGACGACCAUGACCUCGACAACGACCAUGAUGCCCGAAUGACCUGUAGUCAUUUUAAUUUAAUCAUCGAGAGUAAGAUAGAAAAAGGGUGCAAAGAACAAUUCGUCGUUUGAAAAUCGACAUUAUAAUUUAUUAUAAUUUGACGUAAUUAAAAUAUUUAUUCUGGGUCAUAUUGAUCCAAGAGGGAUAGUAAGGUCGAAGUAUUUAUUGGAAUUAUUGAAAAUUAAAAAAUUGUUCAUAUUUCUUUCACAGUGAUCGAACAUUAUCGAUUACUUUCCCGCGUUUUCGCGACAGGGGUUCCGCGGUUUUGGUUUCAAAAGCAGCCUCGCCGUUCCGCUGUCGCUUCCGGUUUCCCUUCCCAGCGCAUUCAGACGUCCCGGAAGUGUCUCGUUUUCCCAACCGGAUGCCACGGAACCCGCUGAAUCGCACCUGACCACUUCCGGCCGUGCGACCAGAGCCGGGGUACCCCUUCGCAGGUCAGUGCUCUUGAAACGUCGUUCCCGGACUUCGAUCGUCUCGUUUUUCUAUUUUUAUUCCCUGUAGACGGGGCUUUCGUCAAAAUUUCUUCGUCAAUUCCGGCAUUCGAUAAAUCGUGCUGGAAAAUCGGUCGCUCUUUUCUAUUUUAUUGGAAACGAACGCUUGACACGAAAAGUUAUUGCACCCUUUUUCCAAUUUUUUUUUUUUUUUUCACCUUCGAUUGGAAUCAAUUCCAUUCUUUUUAACUAUUUGACGCUUGUACGAAGCAAAAAUGAAGGGCUGGUGCCUUGACAUUUUAACGCUAGAACAACCAAGUUAGCAAUUAUUUAUUUUAACACUGUAACUACCAUGUCAUAGGAAUUAAUAAGAAUUAUUCCAGAUAACAUUUUUAUUUUUAAUUUUAUUUCCUACAUAUUUCUAUUAUUUAUAAUUCCAAAUAUUUCCAAUUAGGAUUCUACGAUUUUUGGUUGGCGGACUUCCUAAAUUUUACACUGUUCUUUUAAAAAUUAAAUUUAUACUAAUAUUUGUUGAGAUUUAAAAUCUUCAUUUAUGCAAAUGUGGUUGUUCUAGUAUUAAUAUAAAAUUAAAAUUAAGAUUUAGUACUAAAUCAUCAAAAAUUUGAUGUCAUCCAAAUGUAUAUCUACUUAAGCAUAACCAAAUGAUUUUUAACGUCCAACCCUUUAACCCUUUCAUUGCAAUAGACUUCAACAAUCAUUCUUUAGCGAAUAAUGAUAAAAAUUAUUCUCUAUCAAGAAUAAAAAUAGAAGUAACUCGUAACAUCAGCACAAUUGGACAUUUAUAGACGUCUAUAUCACACCAGAGAAUUUCUGGAGCACUUUUAGACACCGAUAGCAAUGUAAGGGUUAAACGAAUCUUUCGACGAUGAUAGUUGGCCCAGAGGUCGUCAGAUCUUUUCCCGGCACAUUAUUUUAUCCGAGAAUAGCUGUGGGCGGUCAUUCGAGGAACGGUUCACCAAGAUUUUUCUCUCCAAUGGUCGUAUAGAAUAUUUUCUGCAGUCGAGAGAACGUUUCGAGAAUGAGUGGAAGAGAAUGCGAUAUACGGGUCAUUUCUGUCGCUUUUCGUACGUGUAGACGUCUUUGGGAUAGCCAAAGAGGUUCGCGGAAACGCGUUAUCUACAAAAUUUGCCGGUAAUAUUAAUAUAUUGCGACAUUUGUUUUAAUGGUAGAUCGUACAUGCUCGAAGAGAAGAUUUUAUUGAAUUGGAAAAAUCAGGUCUCCGGUUAGAUGCGAUUUUCUAGGAAAUGUGGAUUAUUUUGUGACGUUUUUAAUAAUUAUUAUUUAAGUCAAUUUUAUUUGUGAUGUUCGUCAAAAUUUUAAUAUUGGAAGAAUUAAAUUUAUCAAAGUGAUUGAUUUGUAAUUACAGAAUUGGUUAGAGUUAUUUUAAUUAGAUUAAAGUUAAUUAGAAUUAAAAAUUUUAUACUAUCACCUGAUAAACAAUUUGAUGAAAUUUUCUCUUCCAAAUGCGAGUGGAAUGAGCAGAGAUGAUUUUUCUAUUUUUAAAAAAAUAUCUUCACAUAAACUUUAAUUAAAUUUAUAAUUUUACAGCCAUAACUUUGAGCUUUUUUAUGUCACAGAGGUAAUCAAUCAAACAUAAAAUAUAUAUGUAUAAGAAAAUGAAAUAAAUUGUUAAAAAUGUGUGGAUUAAAAUAAUAAUUUCAAUCGCCUUUUUCAUACUAAUUAAAUUAAUUUAAUUUUGAUUUAAUUAAAAUUUAUAAUUUUGUAUCAAUAUCAUUUUCAGAAGUAUAUACUUACAUGAUCCUGUUCUUGUCUCACAUCGAGUUCACACAAUUUGAGUCUAAUUUACAGUUUAACACUAAUUGAACACUUGGAAGAUCAUGUUCCCUUACGUUUUCAUCUCCGUUCGUUCCACCGCGAUAUUCGCUAAGGUACUAACGAGACGUUGUUCUAAUUAAUAAUUAGCAACGAAACCAGUCUGUACAUAUUGUCUUCGCUGUCGUUUGCGAUAGUUCGUCGUGAAUUGUACAUGUAGUAGAGAACGAAUGAUCGUGUGAUUGUAAACCUUGCCAAUGCAAUUCUGCAAGAUUGAUGAAUGAAUGAGAGCGAAUGCUAAUCGUAUAUGAUAAUUAAAAAAAGGCUCCUCGAAUUUUUUGUUCUACUGAUAACAAUAGAUGGAAUAAAGUGCGGAGAAGAAAAAAAAAUCGCUGGCUAAUUAGAGAAAUGUCAAUGUAAUCAUUUUCUCUCGCCCCUUUUCUUUCGAUGCAUUAUGUAUCAUUCUUGCAAUCAUGUAUGUAACUCUGACACCCACGACACGUAUCUUGUAUCAACGUAUGAUGCAUACUCAAAUGCACACGCACGAUCAAAGUCUUGCUGCUAGCCUUAUCUUGUAACACGAAGUAUCAAUAAACUGAUAAAAAGAUA